GAAUAUCGGAACGCAGCCUUUAUGUGGAACGUACUCUGUGUUGUGUAAUAUAUGUAGUAUUCCAUAGUACUCUGCUAAAUACUAUACUAAAAAUUCUGGCAAGAAUUCACAUCUUAAACAACAAAUAUGCGUGCGAGAAUGUUAAAUAUGAAAUUUUACAGUGUGAUUAAUAAAUCGAUCUGACAUUAACGCAUGGGUCUAACGUAAUAUUUCUUUGGCCAGUUGCUCCUACAAGUGCUCACCAUGCAUGUACCAAAGUUACAACUUGUUUUUCUGAGGCAGUUCAAGCGAGUCGCCAAAGUUCAAACUAUCAAUAAUAUCAAUAAUAAUAAUGCCUAUUUUAUUACAUCAUCAAGUACUUUAUUUCAUACCAUACAUAGCGACUAUGGUGCAUUUUCUUGUACAAGCAAUGCACAAGAUUUGGCUCGUAGCAGUCAGCAGCCAACAUUAUUGAAAAAUCUCAGUGCUGGACGAUACAGUUCAGGAGUACGGAAUAAUUGCUUCCGUAUGUCUCAUCCUGGGAUUAUUUCUCAUGCGAUAUUGUAUAACAGAAGGAAACACGUGGAACGUAAAACUGGUCACAGUCUCUGUUACAACAGCAUUAGGCAUCUUUCCACUGGAGGUACUGAUUCUGUUGUUCAAGCUGCAGCUCCAGUGCAAUACAGUGGCAUCUUCAAAAUGCUGUCAGAAAGCACGCCUGUUAAAGUUGCACAAGAUUCCCUAUUGUGGAUUCAUGACUAUACAGCUUUACCAUGGUGGUUAGUUGUUAUACUUACCACCAUUAUGAUACGAACAACAGUGACUUUGCCACUAUCUUUCUAUCAGCAAUGUAUAAUUGCCAAAUUAGAAAACCUCAAACCAGAGAUGAAUAACAUAGUUAAGGAGCUGAAGAUAGAAACACGUUAUGGGAUGCAGAAAUAUAACUGGCCUAAGCCAGUCGCUAGACGUCUGUACAAUCAUUCUGUGAAGAAACAAUGGAACGAAUUAAUCAUCCGAGAGAACUGUCAUCCAGCUAAAGCUACUAUCUUGGUACUAGUGCAGUUACCCUUAUGGAUAUCGUUGUCAAUGUCGAUUAGAAAUUUAUGUUACAUGUUACCUAAGCAGGAUGCCACUGCUUACGGUAUCCACCAGGAGUUUACGAGUGAUGGAUUUCUUUGGUUCAUGGAUUUGACUGUGCCAGAUCCAUUUAUACUUCCCAUACUAAUGGGAUUGUUCAAUCUAGCUAUUAUUGAAAUAAAUUAUAUGAGUAGGCUACAAGUGCAAACGAAAUGGAAAAAAUACUUAACUUAUUUCUUCAGAAUUGUUACAAUUGGCCUGAUACCGAUUGCUAUGUAUGUACCAUCGUGUGUGAGCUUGUAUUGGACAACUAGCAGUGCAUUUGGUCUUUUACAAAAUUUGCUGUUGUUAUCUCCUAAGUUACGUCGGUUCGCAAGAGUGCCGAUAACUGCAUCCGAAUCACAGAAUCCGUAUAUGAUGCUGCGUGAAAAGAUAACAGCCAGAUGUCGCUUUAGAAAAAACGUCGAAGUUUCAUCAAAGAUCUAAAUAUAGUUUUAGGUCUUUAUGAGUUAAUCUUUUGUACAACAAAAUAUCUUGUACAAUUAUUAAAUACGGAUUAAUUUUGCGAA